CUAAAUUUUAAUUCACCAUGGCUGCGUGCAGGAAUAUUCGACUCAUUAAAAAAUGUUAUGUUUACAUACAGAAAGGCAUUUCGACGAUUGGGCUGAACUGUUAAUAGUUGAUACCGCGAUAUUUAAAACUUGGAUGAUACACUUAACCCCAUAUAUUUGUGGUUAUAUUUAUGAAUUAUUUUACUAUUUCAUCAAUAAUUUCUAAAGUAUCAUUAGUAUUCUGCUUUUCAACGUAAUAAUCUGUAAUACCACAUAUUCCAUGAACACUGCCAGAAAACAGAACUUUUGUGUACUUGCACUAGGUCAAAUACAUCUUUUCAGGUUAUAAUAGUCUGUCAAUAACAUGCUGAAGAAAUUACGCGAUCUUAUUUCACGAUUGAAAAAAUGGCGACAGUUGAUCAAACCGUUUGCAUUUAGCUCAAAACAAGCGGAAACGUGCAGACAAAUAAUAUCUAACGUUUACCCAACAUUGCAAAGUACCGAACGCAGGCAGUAUUUCAAAAAUAUGGAAAACAAGCGGCCUCAGUUUGGCAGUAGAUUUUUAACUGAAGGAAAAGAUGUUUUCCAACACAAUGCAUGGGAUAAUGUAGAAUGGGAUGAAAAUCAGGAAAAAGAAGCUGUUGCUAAAGUAACAGCAAAUAGCGGAGUUAAAUUUUCAGAAGAAGAUAUAAAUAGAUAUGAAAUAGAGGCCAACUCCUCUUGGGAUUCAUUUUAUGAUAUCCAUGAAAAUAAGUUCUUUAAGGACAGACAUUGGUUGUUUACUGAAUUUCCAGAAUUAACCAAUGAGAGGGAUGAAGGAUUAUCCAUUUUUGAAGUAGGCUGUGGUGUAGGCAACACCAUUUUUCCAAUUUUGCAGUAUAGUACCAACAAAAAUUUGAAAGUAUAUGGUUGUGAUUUUUCUUCAAAAGCUAUCAAUAUUGUAACUAAUUCUGCUGUUUUUGACAAAGACAGGUGUUGUGUUUUUACCUUGGAUAUUACAAAUGAUGAAUGGCGUGUACCUUUCGAAAAAAACAGUCAAGAUAUUAUUGUUAUGAUAUUUGUUCUAUCAGCAAUAUCCCCUGAUAAAUUUCAAAAAGUUGUGAAAAAUAUAUAUAUUUAUCUAAAGCCGGGAGGGUUGUUACUAUUUAGAGAUUAUGGGAGAUAUGAUAUGGCCCAGUUGAGAUUUAAACCAGGAAGAUCAUUGGGAAAAAACUUUUAUGCAAGAGGGGAUGGUACUCGAGUAUACUUUUUUACUCAAGAGGAAAUAAAAAAGUUAAUGGAAGAAACAGGGUUUGAAGAAGAGGAAAAUAGAGCAGACAAAAGGUUACAAGUCAAUAGAGGCAAACUUUUAAAAAUGUACAGGAUUUGGAUACAAGCUAAAUAUAGGAAGCCGAGAUGACCAAGGGGUAUCUUUUAUAUUGAUUGAAGUAAAGAGAACUAUAUUAAUACAAUUACAAUAUUAAUUUUAUUUGUAAAGUGAAAGUUGGGUAGUUUUAAGGAUUAAUUGUCUAAUAUUAAUAUUGAACACAAAUAAAUAACGCUUGUGAACUUCG